GCUACCGAAGUGCUGCCAAGAUCUCUACAGUGUUUGUGUGAGUGACUCGUGUGUUACAUUUUCGACUUCAAAACUCGUUCUGCACUAUCGAAAUCAGGUAACUUAUGAAAUUUUGUGAUUCAAGUUCUAGUGGUGAAUUUUAUUCUCUUCUCACCCUUUCUGAAUUAGAUUUAAGCCCUCUUAAAGAAGUUAGGGUUAAGAGUGAGAGUAAUAUUGGGCGUGAGUUAGAGUUUUUUGAAGAUCCUGACUACAUCCCUCCCCCUACUUUGUGCAGUGAAAGUUACGAGACUAAGGAGAUGUCUUCUAAGGAAACAUUGAGCAUUGGGGGGAGUGAUGAAGUAAGGAUGCUGGAGUAUAGUGAUGUAAGUGUUGAGGGUGGGUCGUCUGGGUCUGAGUGUACAGAGGGAGGGGUAGGUAGAAAUGAAGUUGUUGAGGUUGAGGCAGAAGAGGUGCCUACCAAUAUAUUGGAAGUGGGAGAUAGGAAUAAUAAGUUUUACGAUAGUGGGGCAGACAUUGUGUCUGAGGUAACGGAGUAUGAGUCUAAGCUCAGGAGUAGGGAUAGCCUGAGUUAUCUCGUAGAGACUUACGAGAUUUCUUCUAGAGUAUUAAUUAGGCCUGCUGGAGUGAAAGAAAGGGCAUGCUCUGCACCCCAAGAUCAUUGGAUGCUAGUGUAUGCCCAUUAUUUGGCAGCAGGGCCUAGGUUUCCGUUGCCUGAUUUGUUGGUGUGGCUGUUGUUGGAGUAUAGUGUAGAUUUGACCCAAUUAUCUCCCAAUGCAGUGAGAGUGAUAAUUGGGUUCAUAGUAUAUUGCCGGGCUAAGGGGGUUAAGGUGCCCACACUAACUGAAAUGGACAAAUUUUUUGGUGCUGCUAGUGGGGUGGCUAUUCCCAAAAAGCCAAGGAAGAAGUCCAAGACUUUGGAAAAGGCUACGAAGGAGGUGGAGCUGAGGUCCAAAUGGAAGAGGAAUGAAGUGGAUCAAGCUCAAAAGAAGAAGAGGAGAGUGGAGGAUGAGGUUAAGGGGGACGAGGUAGUGGAAUUCAUACCUCGGCCUACUCUUGUUGAGCUUGAUCCAGAUCUCAAAGAAACCGAGGUUCCUGCCCCUGGCAAGGGUAAAGCAGUUGUUCCCACUCCUUCUCUCCAGAGCAGCAUUUUUGGGAACAAGAACUUCUCCAUGGCAAAAAAUUUCAUCAACGCCUAUGUGCCUGAGGUGGAUCACCGUAAAGCAAGGGAUGAAGCCUUGGUACAUGGAGGGACCUCAGUUGUGAGGCAUGCUCUGGAGACUGCAACUUGGGUUAAUGCGCUAGCCCAAGAAUUCAUGAAGCUCGUGAAGGAGCGCAACAGCUUGCAAAAGGAAAGGGAUGAGCUGUUGAAGAAGAAUGGGGAAAUUAAGAGGGAACUGGAUAUAGUGGUACCAGCAGUGACGAGCUUACAAGAGGAGAGAGAUACACUGAAGAUGAUUCUCUCAUUCGAAGAGAAGAAAAGGAAAAUGUGCGAAGAAGAGAAUGAAGCACAAGAGGAGGAAAUAAGAAGAAUGAGAGAAUCCAAAGUGGAACUCAAAAAGAAUGUCCAGCUAUUGGUCCACAACGGGAUGGAGGAGCAUAUCAGUAACUUUAUCAACUCCAGCUCAAAGAAGGUAAAAGUUAAGUAUCCUGAAGUGGAUAUAACCAAGAUCACCUUUGACGAACAAGAGGAAGGGGUGGAGGAAAACAGCGAAAGCAUGUCAACGGAUUUUCGACCUCAGGUUAAGUUGAGGUGGGAUCAUGAUGAAGAAGGACGCGCUGUUUUUCCUCCGAACUUCGACUUCGAGUUCGUAGCAGUGGAGGAAGAGGAAGGAGAGGCAAAAGGGGCUGAAGUUGAGAAAAGUCAGCCAUCUCUUCCCGUGGAGGUGCAUCCAGUUCCCUCUAAUGAAGAGCAGUCACCUCUUCCAGCAAAGCAGGAGCCACCCCAGCCACCUCCAGCAAAGUAGUUAGGGAUUUUUAUUUUUUGAUUUAUGUAGUUAGGAUUUGAACAAUGAUUAGUGUACACAUUUUUUGAUUAAUUUAGGUUAAAUACCCUUUUUGGUCCCUCUACUAUAGGAAAAAGCCUUUUUUGGGUCCCUGUACCGAAAAAAAUCCCCUUUUUGGU